GCGAAAGGGGCGGGGCCGCGCGGAGUCAGCAGCGCAGGCAGGGAUGAGAAACUUGUCCCGGAUAUUUACCUAACUAUACCUGGCUCUUCCGACGCGCCCCGUCCAGAGGUUUCCACAGCGGACACUUUGAGGAAUAUGAACCGUCUUUGAAGAGGAAACACUGAGAAAACAGUGUGCAACACAGGCUGACCUGGAUCCAUUAAUCGUUCACCUGGAAAGCAAGACGGGACACAUGUCCCCUCUCAGUGACGAGCUCAGGGCAGGGUGUUUGUCUUGAGAGGGAGGCAGAGUUACCGUGGUAACAGACAUGCCAAAACCGGACCUGCUCUGCCUAGUUCAGCUGCUGGACGGCACUAUCGAGACCUUCAGAAUCAGCAAGCAGGAUGAAGGUGUGGUGCUGUUGGACCAAGUAUGUGACCACCUGGGCCUGCAGGAGAGGCAGCUCUUCAGUCUGCAGAUCAGAGAAUCCAGCACUGCCAUCGCCUCAAUCACAGCCAACACACACUCUCCUAGAUGGUUGGAGCCUGAGAAACCCUUGAAGAAGCAGAUAAAAGGUCUGGCUUCUCCCUUUUAUCUGAACUUCAGAGUGCGAUUCUUCAUCUCUGAUCCCAACUCUCUGCAGCAUGAACAAACGAGGCAUCUCUACUUCCUCCAGAUCAGGAGUGACAUCAGAGAGGGACGGUUGCAGUGCCCGAUGAGUGCAGCUGUAGUGCUGGCUUCUUAUGCUGUGCAAUCGGAGACAGGGGAUCACUGUCCGUCCAACCUUCCUGGUUACCUCUCAAAGAGCUACUUCAUUCCUGAGCAAGAUGAAGACUUCUUUACUAAAGUGGAGGACCUGCAUCCACAGCACAAGGGGCUGAAGCAAAGUGAGGCAGAGCUGUGUUUCCUCAACACGGCCCGGACGCUGGAGUUGUAUGGAGUGGAGCUGCAUGCUGCUAUGGACUCCAACAACGCCCCACUGAUGGUGGGUCUGGCCUCCAGCGGGGUUGCAGUGUUCUGUAAUAUGAUUUGCUCAAGUUUCUUCCCCUGGGGGAACAUCAUCAAGAUUUCCUUCAAGAGGAAACGCUUUGUUAUACAUCUGAAACGAAAACACGGGGAGACCCAGGACUGCGAGGUGUCCCUGCUUCUGCCUUGUCCAAAGUCCUGUAAGAACCUUUGGAGGUCCUGCGUGGAUCAUCACUCUUUCUUCUGCUCCAACCGGACCAUCAGGAGCCCCAAAAACAACAACAGCAGCACGGUUCAAAGCUACAAAAAGUUAAUCACGCAGCACCUGGGUCUGGGAAACAGUAAAACUGAGAGUGGUCCAGUGUGCCAUCGAGUGGUUGGAGGGAUGGUGUGGAACCCAGUCUUGCGGAGGUCAUUUUCAUCCGAUAAUCUCGAAACCAAGAGUCUGCCUUCAAGAUCACCCCCAUCUACCCCAAACUGGCGAAGUCCCCGAGUUCGCCACGGCAUCCGAAAGCCCCGCCCAUCCUCGGUUGAAUUGUCCAGUGACCUAAAAGACAUGUCGGAGGGAGAGGACGUCUUCUACACGUACAGGGCAUCUGUGAGCAGCAGCAAGGACAGCGAAGGAGACUGUUCACCACACGACCUCACUGGCUCUUACAGCCAUGGAACAGAUGACGCUCUUUUACAAGCUGACGAUAGUAUUGGAGAGGACGAUGGUGACCACAGCUUACAAAACUACAAAAAGGGUGCGCCGGGCGACGGUGACUUGAUGCUGAUCUGUAUUGCUCCCGACCAUGAGGGCAAGUUUGGCUUCAAUGUCAAAGGUGGGGUGGAUCAGAAGAUGCCUCUAGCCAUAUCCUGUGUUAAACCUGACUCUCCGGCCGGUCGCUGUGAGCCCAAACUCCUGGAGGGAGACCUGGUGGUGCUCAUCAAUGGUCGAGACAUUUCUGAACACACACAUGACCAGGUUGUCAUGUUCAUACGAGCCAGCAGAGAGUCACAUUCCAGAGAGCUCGCCCUGCUUAUCAGACGUAAAGGUCCUGGUCGGGUGGCACCCCUUCUGCAGUUGCCUCCCACCCUCACGCUGACUAGCCAAUCACAGGGAGACAAGUCCCCGUCAUCUGGCCAGUCGGAGCGGGUCACGACACUGGAGGAAUCCAUGAGGCAGCUGGAGAGAGGAAUACAGUCUGGCACACUGUGUUUCCACUUUGAGAAUUUAUACAGGAAGAAGGCUGGUCUGUCUCUAAACUGUUCUCGGCUCCCUGAAAACAUGGACAAGAAUCGUUAUAAGGAUGUCUUACCAUAUGAUGCCACCAGAGUGGUGCUGAAGGGCCAGGAGGACUACAUCAAUGCCAGCCAUAUAACGGUGGGGCCCCCAGUGUCUGGUGUGUGUUUACGUUACAUUGCCGCUCAGGGUCCAUUGCCACAGACCUGCACUCACUUUUGGCAGACUGUUUGGGAGCAGCAGACACACACCAUCAUCAUGCUAACAACUCUGACAGAAAGGGGACGGACCAAGUGCCACCAGUACUGGCCGCAUCCGCCGGAAGUUAAGGAUUAUGGGCACAUGCGAGUGAAGUGUCACUCAGAGGAGUGCAACCUGGCGUAUGUGACGAGGCAGUUCACUCUGACACACACACAGCGGGGAGAAGAACGUGCAGUUACACACCUGCAGUACGUUGCGUGGCCGGACCACGGCGUACCCGAUGACCCCUCAGACUUCCUACUGUUCAUCAGCUCGGUGAGGGAAAGGAGGAAAGGUGAAGAGCCACUAAUGGUUCACUGCAGCGCUGGUAUUGGACGCACGGGAGUUCUGAUCACCAUGGAAACAGCACUGACUCUGUUGGACCAGGGUCAGCCGGUGUUCCCGCUGGACAUCGUCAAAUCACUGAGAGACCAGCGAGCCAUGAUGGUUCAAACCCCGUGUCAGUUCCAGUUUGUGUGCGAGGCCAUUGUACGAGUCUACAAAGAGAAACAGGGAGGAUCUACAGCACCUUAACCCGGAUCUGCUACAGGACCAGAACACACACACUCACUGUUUCUGCCUCAUGUCAUCGCUGGACACUUCCACAGAGGGACCCCCACAGAUUAACCUCUGUCAUUGCCUGUGGGUCUCUCACACAGACUGAAUAAUGAGAGUAUAACUAGCUUCAGAGCAUAACUGUCUGUGAUCUGUGUAGCCUAGAUUCAACGCCUAGAUGGCCUCUGUCUUAAAUGAUGCUUGUAGAGGCUGCUGUCUCCAUAGAGACUGAUGUGAGACGGAUGUGAGCUGCUAAUUUCUGUCCAAGAGGCCACUCAGGAAUGUUGCCUCUUCUUAUCAAGCUAUGUGUGCCAUAAACUGAUGUCUCCUAUCAAACCAGACGGCAGAGAAAGACGAGGAUGUUAAUAAUCUCCAGUCUAUCUGUGUGUCAAAAGCCGGGGAGCGAGGCUGGCUCUGGAUCUUCACAGAUUCAAUAAGGCUGUGGUGGUACAAUCAGAGAAGCAUCAAACCCUCUUUUCAACACUCUUAAAUUAUUAAGUCACUAAAUAAACACACUGAUUUAUA